ACCUAAAUUUGUUACCAUCUCCAUGUUUCCAUCCCUCCUCAAAUCUUCUCAAAACUAUUAAAAGAAAGUAAUUCUCAAACUCUUCAUCUCAAGAAAUCUUCUCAAGAUGAAGUUAUUAGGAUGGAUGCAUCGCAAGUUUAGGCAAAACAAUGGCCAAUUACCACUCAAAGAGUACUUUGUCAAUGGGCAACAAGCAAGUGAUGAACAACAAUAUUUCCCAAGAACAAGCACCAAUAACCCUUUCAAACAAGCCCAAAGAGACCUAGAUAUUGCAAGAUCAGAUCAUGAAGACUAUGAAGAUGAAUCCCUAAUCUCCAUAUCUGAAAUCUUCCCUGGCUUUCUUGCCAUUGGAACCCUAGGCUCUUCUGAACCCGCAACCCCAAAAUUCUCCAUCUCCAUUGAUCACAUUACUGAAAGUGAUCAAACUGAAGUCACAAAGAAUGAGCUCAAACUGAUCAACGAUGAGCUCGAGAAGGUGCUAGAGGCCGAGGCAAAAGACGAAGGGGGGUCGAGGCAGGACAGCCAUGCGAACAAAGUCGAGAGCAAUAUAUAUAAUAAUUAUGUUGAGAGUGGUGAUCAUGACGCUGUGGUUUGCCCACUUCAAGAGUACUUGUUUGGGUCGGCGGUUGAGAUGUCAACAACGAUGGCGAAGAAGGAGAACCGGACAUCACUUGGGGAACUGUUUCAGAGAAGUAAGGUGGUAGAGGAAGGUGGAGGGGGAAGAUGUGAUGAGAAGGAUGAGCAAAAGAAAGUAGAGAAGGAAGGUGAUAAUAGGUAUGGGAUGCAAUUGUUGAAAAAGAAGUUGAAGAAAAAGAUGUUUUGUGCUGCUUCUAAAAGCACUUUAAGUUCAAAUGCUUCUGGUGAAGUCUUGGAUGUUUCAUCUGCAACAAAACUUCACAAGAUUCUUCAUUUGUUCAACAGGAAAGUUUAUCCAGCUGAAAGCAUCACAAUGGGCAAAGAUCAAAAAGUAGGGGAUCCUCAUAAGGUACAAAAGAGUUAUGACAAAAAGAAAAAAACAACAAUCACCACCACUGUUGAUGGAAGAUCAUCGAACAAUAAUGAAGAAACAACCUCCACAGAUGAAGACAUCAUGAUCUUUCCAAAACAGCUCAUCUUAAAGCAAACCCUACAAAGCAUCCAAACCCGCUCUGGUCCUCCACGAUUCUCCGACAUUAGCGAUGAUGAUGACGAUGUCGAUUUCAAUUAUUGGAACAAGGAGCAAUGGAUCAAAUCGGACUCUGACUACUUGGUGUUGGAGCUUUGAAGCACAAGAAACAAGAAUCGCUACACCCUCAACCCUAGGUCAUAAAUAAACAACCUAGUAAUUGAUAAUUGCUAAAAUAUAUAUAUAUAUGUAUGUAUAGUGUAGUCUAUGUGUGUCAAAUAUAUUUCUAUUACUAAAAUGGUGUGCAAAUUAAAUUAAAGUUAGUGUGUCUCUUAUGAUUUUGUGAUCGUGAAUGUAUUAAAAUAAACAAAAUGAAAGAAGCUCUUC